AUCUGCAUGAAGGGCAAUGGUUUAUGGGAAAGAAAAACUCAUUUAGUGCUUAGCCCCCCUCCCCAGACCGCGCCGAUUGCUUCACAGGUAGAAAUUCAGCAUGGCUGCUACACGAAGGUUGACUAAGGUAAGAAAAACUGCUUUUUACUGCUUUAUUUUCACAUAAAGCUUUGCUGUACACUCUGCGAAGACUAAUGAGGAUUUUGAGGUCAUUUUUAUUGGUCAAACUCGGUUUUCUGUGCAGUAUUUCGGCGCCAAACGUAACCCAUUUCCGAGCCAUAGUUUCGCUUUGUCAUAAAAAGCUAUUGUAUCUUCUUGAUUGUAUAUCUCAGUCGUAGACGAAAAGCACUCUAGUUUUAGGUAUUUUACGAGCGCUAACUUGUCAAAUGUGUUUAGCCGUUUAAGCUUCGCUAAUUGUUUGUUUUCUCGGCGUUUGCGAGCCCAAUCUGCCAGCCAAAAGCUAUUGAAAGGAAGUAAGACUCUGGGCGAGAUUACGAUCGUGAUUUGUGAAUGAAGUCUCUUGUAUUUUUUUUAGGAACUGAAUGACAUAAGAAAGUCUGGAAUAAGAGUUUUUCGUGACAUUAGAGUCGAUGAAUCGAACAUAUUAAAUUGGCAAGGACUUAUUGUACCCGUAAGUUGUCAAAAUUCGAUUUAAUUUAAACCUGUUUCCAAGAUACUGGGCGGAAACAGCAUAAUUUAUCAUGUUUUAUAGGUCACCUUGUUGGUAUCAUUCAUGAAUUUAGCAACACAUCAGUCAGUUUUGAAGUAUUUCCUUGUUAAGACGAGUGUUUAACAUGCAUUUUAGCUAUAUUAUAUAUAGUGUAAUUGCAAAUAUUUAGGCUAGUUGCAAAUUACAAAUAGUGCUCUUGGAUAAUCAGCUUGCUAGUUGCUGAUUGUUUACAAUUGUAAGUAAAUUGACAUCUGAAUAAAGGCCCUUUUGGUGGGUUAUUCUUGUUGCUGGUGUAAUUUUCAAAACCAGUAAUGCACCGUACAUGAAUGAUCGGCACUGCUCAUCUUAGCACGACAUAUUUUCCACCAAUGAAAUGAGUCCCCAUAAUUGUGCCACACCAGCUUAAAUGAAACGGACAUGUCAUAUUUGAAAGAGUUGAUCUGGAGUAACAUUACCAAAUAAUCGCUGCAUUGCGUUUGUACCAUAUGCCCUGUUUACACUAUGCUCAAUUUUGGUACCUGUACAAUUUUUAUCCGUUCUCGGACUACCUAUUUAUCAAGGUCGAGCGCAAAUUAAAAAUAUAGGGUAUACCUACCAAUUUCUGUACCAAAAGUUCGGUUCUGUACCAAAAAUUGAGCAUAGUGUAAACAGGGCUAUAUUUGCAAAUAUUUCACUGGUUUGAAGGUUUUUCUAAGGUAGUGAUGUACCGGUAUGGGAAUUUACAGAUAUUCCAAUAACCAAUACUCAAGGGCCGAUAUUGGCCAAUACCAACAUGCUGGGUUUUGUGGGUAAUCCAGUGAGCAUAUAUAAAUAUAAUUACCAGACCUAAACAGGUGACAAGCUAUGCAUGUUUGAAUAAAUACCCAACCUUUUUCCCCUUGACAAGUGAGACUGUUUUUCAUAAAAACAAAGUUGAAAGUGUUUGUUUUCUUCAUAGGAAUCUGCCCCAUAUAAUAAGGGUGCUUUUAGAAUUGAAAUUGUGUUUCCGGCUGAAUAUCCUUUUAAGCCUCCCAAGGUAAGAAAUUUUCAAUUUAUCACUAUACUGUAAUAAAAUGUUUUAAGUGGCACUGCCAUAAUUGUGUGUACUGUGUAUCGUCCUGCGAACAGGUCAGAAUAUCAUUUUAUGAAGAAGAGAUUUGUAAGAAAUGUUUGAGGCAACUGACUCGGUGUUUAAAACAAUGAGUUCCCUCAAACCUUUCUCACAAAUCCUUCAAAACAUAGAAUUUCCCUAGUAGGCAACUUUGAUAGUGUAAACCAUUGCCAGUGCCCGGUCACUCUUAAUCAUGUUAUAACACUGUGUAACAGUAUAAUUAGUUAGCAUUAGCUUGUCUGUCAGUUUUGUCCAUAGAUGGAUUUUCUGGGGGUGUGCACCCCCAAAAAUAUUUUGCACCCCCCCCCCACACACACCAGAAAGUUUUCUCACACCACAUAGAGAAAUGGGGACCUCCCCUAGAAUGGGAGCUAUAUAUUAGGGACUGGAAUUGACGUCCAAUAAUAGUUUAUCAAUUUCUGCCAUCUUGGCAUCACUUUUUGGACUCUAUAUCUUGCUCCAGAAUGUAUAUAGAGUUCAGUGAGCAGUAAUUGUAUUACCCUAUUUCAGAUAACAUUUAAGACAAAGAUAUAUCAUCCUAAUAUUGACGAGAAAGGCCAAGUGUGUCUGCCGAUUAUUGGUGCUGAGAACUGGAAACCUGCCACAAAAACUGACCAAGGUAAUAUUCUAAUAUUCAUGAAAUAAUGAGGAGUUGAUUUUGGGACCAACAGCAGGGGUGGAUCUGGCCUGAUUUGUUAGAGGGGGUGGAGGUUUUUCCAGAGGGGUGCAUUACCACGAGGAUCCGGGGGCAUUUCCCCCAGGAUUUUUUUGAAAUUUGAAGCCCUGAAAUGCCAUUUCCUUCAUUCUGAGCACUACGUUUAAUCGUCAAAUUUGUCCUCACACUACUUGUAUUUCUGGCAAUGUGAUUUGACUUGGUCUCGGACGAAAUGACUUGACGUGCAAGAAAUGACAUAUGACUUGACAACUCUGCUGUAUUUAAUUUAUAUUUCGUAGUUAUACAAGCACUGGUAGCAUUGGUGCAAGACCCAGAACCCGAGCAUCCAUUGCGUGCUGAUCUAGCUGAGGAAUAUACCAAAGAUAGGAAGAAAUUUAUGAAGAAUGCCGAAGAACAUACCAAGAAACACGCUGAGAAAAGACCUUCGGACUAACACAGCUACUUUGGACAUUCUUCAAAAUGUAGAUUGUAAUAUUUUUCCUUGGACAAUGAGAGAAGAGGAAAUUGAUCAGAAAUAACUUCUUAUUUGCUCCAUACCAGUCAUGUUGUAUGAACGGGUUUAUGCCUUGAUUACUGAGCGGUGAUGGUGAUUUUUCUGUUUUUAUUUCUCGUGUUUACUCUAUUAUGCCUUCAACUGCUAUGGCGCCAUAAGGUGUGCUCUCUAGAGACAAAAUAAGCAGAGCGAAAUAGUAGCAGAAUGUUUUUAAAACAUUCUCCUGCCCAUAACUUAAUGGAUUAAGUCAUUUGUAAUCAAUCAAGUUUGUUAUACUUGGUCAGUUUAAUUAAACAAGAUCAUUUUAAUUAAGAAACUUCCUCAAAGAGAAAAUGAAUCAUCAUUUUUCGGAGGGCUACGGUGAUGUCGGCUCAUGAAGAUGAUUCCAUAACAUGUAAUCAAGGCAUAAACUUUAUUUGAAUGCAAUCCUCAAUUUGUAUUGCUCAAAACAUUUUGAAAGUUCUUACAUAUAUGCUUGUAGUUCUCCAUAAUAUGAUCUGUAAAUUUUGAUUGUGUUCAUUUUGUGACUUUACAAUAGGUAGAUCUUUUAGUAUUUACUUGCUCAAGUAAACACAUACUGCAUGCUAAGUUUGGUUUGUGAACAUGACAUUUAUCUGUGAAAUAUACCAGUAUAGAACUGUGUUCUUAUAAUUUAAAUUCGUUUAUAAUUAUAUAUGGUGAUCUAUUGAACAUGAAUGUGUGGGAACAUCGAUACAUCUCCAUUACACAAGAUACCAUUUAACACAAAUUUGUACCAAAUAUC